AUGCCUUCUUUCCGGUCUUUCGUCCUGCUCGCUCUGCCGCUCGCCAAUGCCGCCGUGCAGGCCGAGCAGCCGCAACCGACCGGGGGCUCCCCUGCUCUUGUCGAAGAGCUGCUCCAUGUCCUCCCUGCCGACCGCUUCCCGGAUGCCCUCCGCAGCCACGAGCACCCCGCCUUCGAGGACGCCAAGUACGACGAUGAUUGGGUCCGGCUCGAGGCCCUCCACGACGCCGACGCCGCCCACAUCGACCAAUUGCUCGAGUCGGCCGCCGAGCAGUACGAGCUGAGGAAGCGGCAAGAUACGUCGAGCAGCGCCGCCGCCAGCGCUGCGUCUAGCGCUCCCGCAGAAACUUCCGCCUCCGCCCAGAGUUCCACCCCGGCCGAGAGUUCUACGCCCGCCGAGAGCUCUGCAUCCGCAGAGAGUUCUGCAGCCCCUAGCACGGCCGCCCCUACUAGCUCCGCGGUCGUUGAGAGUACUACGUCCGCACCGUCGAGCACGGCGCCGGAGACGACCCAGUCGUCUGCUGUUGAGACCUCUGCAAGUACGUCUAUUUCCCCAUCGUCCGCUGCCACCACAUCCUCCUCCGUCCCCUCCUCCACCGCCGAGUCCUCCGAGUCGUCCGCGGUCGAGUCCUCGACUUCGUCUGCACCCGUGACCAGCGCGAGUGCGACCACGUCAGAGGUGUCUACCUCAGGUGCGUCCACGUCCAGCACAGCUGCUCAAUCCUCCUCCCCAGAGCCGUCUACGUCCGGCAGUGCCGCGGCGACCACCACUUCGGAUGCCUCGACCACGAGCGCGUCUCAAUCUACGAGCACGUCUCAGUCUGCGUCGAGCUCAUCCGAAUCUGGCGCUCAAUCCUCCACUCAAUCUUCUUCGGCCAGCGGCUCAUCUUUUUCUUCUUCUCCAGCUACUUCUACUACCUCUGUUGCGACUACUACUACUGAAUCCGCGACUACUUCUUCUGCUCAUGUGGAAUCAAGCACUGACCUGGAAACCACUUCGUCUACAGCUGCACCUAGCACUGUCUCGUCUACUGUGGUCUCCACUACCACCCAAGAACAGAGCACUACAGAGGCUUCCACUGCCCAGACCACAGAGACCUCCACCUCCACUGAGGCCGUCGUCGUGCCCGUCGAAGUUACAUCCACCAACACCGCCGGCGAAACUGUCACCUCCACCUCGUCUGCCGUCGUCGGCGCCACCGCUAGGGUGACGACCACUGACAGCGAGGGCAGCACGACCACCGCCGCCGCCGUUGUCGUCGAGACGACCGACUCUGCCGGCAGCACCGUUACCUCAACUUCGGUCGCCAGCGCCUGGAAGCCCACGAGCUACUCGUCCGGCCAGGUUAUCACGCGCACCAACUCGGCUGGCUCUACCAUGAAGACCACCUACACGGGUGGCGACAUUGCUCAACCCGUCAGCUCGCUCGUCUUGUCUACCACUACUCUGCCCGACGGUCAGCGCAAGACCAUCACCAGCUACGCCACCGUUGAUGCAGCAGCUGCCACGGCCGCUGCGAGUGCUUCCGGAACCGCCAGCGAGCCUAGCCUGCAGACUGGCGCAGCUCAGCGUUUCGCCGCCGUUGAGGCUGCUGCGGCUGUCGCCGGCGGUGUCGCAGGUCUGGCUUUGUUGCUGUAG